AUGGAUAUCCUUACCCCGGUUGAUGUACCCCAAAUCAUCCAAUCAUUUUUUGCUCUUGAGGGAGUCAAUUGCCAUGAUGGACACACCAAACCUUUGUUAGGGGUACAGGUGACAGAGUUAUUGGAUGGCAUUUUUGUGGGCUGCAGUUUUAACCAUGUUAUAGGUGACGGGACUUCUUUCUGGAAACUCUUCAAUGCGUUGGCAGAAACCAAUAGGAAGCUAAGAAAAGCUAGCAAAGAAGCAGUUGAUCAACAUAUUGAGUGCAGUAUUUCUAGCCUACCUAUAACUAAACGCUGGUUUAUGGAAGAUCCAACCCUCAUCAACCUUCCAUUCUCUCAUCAUAAAGAAUUUAUCGAACGAUAUGAACGACCACUUCUCAGAGAAAGAAUGUUUCAUUUCACUGAAGAAUCAUUGGCGAAACUCAAAGCUAAAUCCAAUGAAGAAUGUGGCAUAAAAAAAUACUUUUGUGGGACUACAACUGUUGGGGAGCUAUUAGAGCAUGGUAUUGGAUGGGAAGCCAUGCUUUUGCACGAGGCUGUAGAGGAGUAUACUGAUGAGAAAAUCCGAGUAUCGAGAGAGGAAUGGAUGAAGAAACCAUAUAUACUCCAGAUGGGGCCUUCGUUAGAUGCGGCUAGUGUAAUGAUGGGAGGUUCACCUAAAUUUGACGUGUAUGGUUGUGAUUUUGGACUGGGAAUGGCAGUGGCUGCACGUAGUGGAUCUGCUAAUAAAUUCGACGGGAAGGUGACAGCAUAUCGUGGUCUGACAGGGAUAAGGAGUGUGAUGCUUGAGAUUUGUCUUCCGCCUCAAUCAAUUAGUGCACUUGAAUCUGAUGCAGAGUUCAUGGAUGCUGUAUCUCCUCAUGAAACUCAUUCUGAAGUUCUAGGGGUGAACAACGUGCAGGAUGACCCAAGUAAACCUGAAUGGAUUCUUAUCUGCAUGUAUGGAUCACCAUACCCAAAUCAAAAGGAGAGACAAUGGACUUACAUCAAGGAUUUGAGUCGAACUAUCCAAUAUCCAUGGGUUAUUAUUGGCGACUUAAAUAUGGUUUUUCCAAAUGAAAGCAGGCAAUCGAUUGGCAGUACUUCUUCUCAUACUUCUUAUUCUAAUACUUCUUCUCGAGAUUCUUAUUGCAUCGAUUUAAUUCAUGAAGCUGGGCUAGAAGAUAUGGGCUACACAGGAGAUCCUUUACAUGGCCUUCAAAUAUACAUGGUACUGGUGUAA